GCGACGGACCUAUCGCAGGUUCUGUUUACGUUUAAAAAUAAUAAAAUUCUCAGUGUUGUGAUAUUUGAACGUGUGAUACGCGUGAUUGUUUUCUAUGCCAAAAGGAUAUCAGUUUUGUUGGAUUGUGAUCACAUUUUGUAUUUGUGCACGGAAUGAACCGAUACCGUUGCGUCGCGCUCCGGUGAUUCGGUUAAUAACUCGUGGAUCUACAGUGACUGUGUAAUAGUGGCUUUACUAAGAUCUAAUACCAUGUAAAGAUUUAUGGAAUUACAGUGAUUAAAUGAUAAGAGCGAUCAACAAAUAGAAUAUGAACAGUUUUAAAAAACUUUAAUAGUGCAAUGUUUUAAUCAGUUAAAUUUUUAUAGUGACAUGUUAUAAAUAUGGAAAGAAAAUUAACUCGCGAAGAUUUUAUGCGCAAAAGUUUCCGCGCCCCUCGGCUAUCUGCAUCGCAACAACCUGCAGAGUCGACAGUUAAUGGGGCACCACCGCCGUCUCCCGUCUCCCUAGUUAUGCUUGACAGAACUACUCAAAGAUCUCCGUAUGAUGUUCACACAUCGGGCAUAUCACCGAAACGUCUCGAAUUAAAUAGAGCACAUCCGAUACAUUUGAAGUCAUUCCAAACACCAGAGCCACCAGAUGAGAAUGCUCCCGCGCCGCCAUCAGACGAUGUUCUUCUAAAACUUGAACGACAGAUAGGCGAAAUGGAGAAAGGCUUGGAGAGAGCUCAAAAUGGGAAUGUAUCGGUUGACGAAAGAGUGAGGUAUGCUGAACAUGAAAAUUUGUUACGGACUGGAGUGUCUGCUGUUGGCGGUGGAGGUUACUUACCAGCAGAUUCGGACACAGAACAUGACUCUGUGCCGUUCAAAAGAAACGAGACGACCAGAAGUAGCACGGGUGGGGCUACUCCAGUACCCCGACCUGCUACCAAAUUGUCUAGGACAAAUUCAGAUACGCAACAACAUUCAGUUGCGGCGACUGCUAGGUUAAUGCGGAAGUUCGCCGACGGUGGUACAAAGGACGAAAAAACUAAAAUAAUUUCUCGGAAAGCAAUUCAAGCAAGAAUAGAGAAGGUUAGGAACUCUGUAGGAGGGUCAAAGCAUGAGCAUAGAGUAUUGGCGGAGCAUAAGGCUGAUGCGUCCUCGCCCAGGACCCCAGCGUCGCCUAUCGCCUCCAGAACAUCUCAGAGUGCGUCGGAGUCGUCGGCUGGCGCGGGCGGCGGUGCGGCCGGUGGCAGCACGCGGGUCUCCUCGCGCUCACGGACCUCUGAAGAGCCGCAUAUUGGCAAGUACAAGUUACUAAAGACAAUCGGCAAAGGUAACUUUGCGAAGGUGAAGCUAGCGAAACAUGUUCCCACCGGCAAAGAGGUCGCCAUCAAAAUCAUCGACAAGACCCAGCUGAACCCUGGAUCGUUGCAGAAACUGUUUAGAGAGGUCCGAAUAAUGAAAAUGCUCGACCACCCGAACAUCGUGAAGCUGUUCCAGGUGAUCGAGACGGAGAAGACCCUCUACUUGGUGAUGGAGUACGCGUCCGGAGGCGAGGUGUUCGACUACCUGGUGCUCCACGGGCGUAUGAAGGAGAAAGAGGCGCGGGCGAAGUUCAGACAAAUAGUGUCCGCUGUACAGUAUUGUCACCAGAAGCGCAUUAUACACAGGGAUCUCAAGGCGGAAAACUUGCUUCUGGACGGCGAAAUGAACAUAAAAAUAGCAGAUUUUGGAUUUUCAAAUGAGUUCACACCGGGCGCUAAGCUGGACACAUUCUGCGGCAGUCCACCGUACGCCGCGCCGGAACUGUUUCAAGGCAAGAAGUACGACGGGCCCGAGGUGGACGUGUGGUCGCUGGGCGUGAUCCUGUACACGCUGGUGUCGGGCUCGCUGCCCUUCGACGGCUCCACGCUACGGGAGCUCCGCGAGAGGGUACUGCGCGGAAAGUACAGAAUACCAUUCUACAUGUCAACCGACUGCGAGAAUCUGCUCAAGAAGUUCCUUGUACUGAACCCAGCGAAGCGGGCGUCCCUCGAGAACAUCAUGAGGGAUAAGUGGAUGAACACAGGCUACGAGGAGGAAGAGCUCAGGCCUUACGUGGAGCCGCAGCAGGACUUCAAGGAUCACAAGCGGAUAGAGGCGUUAGUGUGUUUGGGCUACAACCGACAAGAGAUCGAGUAUUCGCUCGCCGAGGCGAAGUAUGACGACGUGUUCGCAACAUAUUUACUGCUCGGAAGGAAGAGUACUGAUCCCGAGUCGGACGGCAGCCGGUCGGGCUCGUCGCUGUCGCUGCGCACGGCCGUGCCCGCGCCCGCGCACCACGCGCCGCCCGCGCACGCAGGUAACGCACACACCGGCGGGGGCUCGCCGUCUCACCGCGGGGUGCAGCGCAGCAUCUCCGCCUCCGCGCGCCCCGCCGCCUCCCGCCGCGCCUCCUCCGGCGCUGAGGUGCUGCGGACCCAAGUUGGCACCACAACGACUGCUGCCAACAACACCACUGCUACUUCCACUACGACUACGUCAAAUUUCAAAAGACAGAACACAAUCGACUCCGCGUCAAUUAAGGAGAAUACGGCGCGAAUUGCUCAGAUGCAGGUACAAAGCGGCCAGACGCGGCCGACGAGCGCGCAACCGAAGCUGGAGCCGCGGUCACGUACACUCACCGGCGGCCCGCGGAGACUCACGCAGGACGCCGCCCCCGCCGCCCCCGCCGCCCCCGCACACGACGCGCCCAGCGCGGUGCAAGAGAAUAAGAACGGAACGGCGGCGAGCAACGGUAGCUCGGGCGCGGGUAAGACGCACGUCAAAAGCGCCUCCGUGUCGUCCGCCAGCGGAGCCCCGGCCCUCGCCGGGGACGCGCCCCACGCCUCCGCCCGCGACCUCGCCACGCGCCCGAGUUUAAACUCUACGGGCGGUACGACAGCGGCUGCGAGCGGCGCCCGCCGUGACUUCCCUAACCCGAUGGUGUUCCCCAGGAAUGUGCCAUCCAGGUCCACCUUCCACUCAGGUCAAACGCGGUCGCGUGGUGCGAGUGCGGGCGGAGCGUACGGCGACGGAGGCUCGCCUCAUCAGGCGCGGCCGUCGUUCUUCUCCAAGCUGUCGUCCAGAUUCUCCAAACGCCUGUCCGUGUUGGGCGAAUCUACAGGGCGCCAGAAACCUCGCAUAUUUUCCUCACUGGACAUACAAAGGAGGCCAUUGGAAGGUACGACCCCGAAGCAUGCCGUAGCCGCUAGUCCACAAGCCCUGCUUGGACAGGGCAACGAGGAGCAAGUGAAGCCGCGAGUGCUUCGCUUCACGUGGAGUAUGAAGACCACCUCCUCACGGGACCCCAAUGAAAUCAUGGCGGAAAUACGAAAGGUGUUGGACGCGAACAAUUGCGAUUAUGAACAACGCGAGCGGUUCCUUCUGCUGUGCGUGCACGGGGACCCCAACGCGGACUCUCUGGUGCAGUGGGAGAUCGAGGUGUGCAAGCUGCCCCGACUGUCGCUCAACGGAGUGCGCUUCAAGCGGAUAUCCGGCACCAGCAUCGGAUUCAAGAAUAUUGCGUCUAAGAUCGCCAACGAGCUCAAGCUGUGACUGCCCGGGAGCGCCCCGCGCCGCCGCCGCCGCCGCCGCGCCCCCGACCUG